AUGGGAGAUAGCCGAUACCACGUAGCCUCAUUUCACAGCCAACGAGCAAGGCAACUUUUUCAAUUUCCUUUAAAAACGGCAACGGCGGCGGCCAGCCAUCAAACAGUGAGAAAGCUGCACUUCCUCUCUCCUCCGUCAUUCUCCGUGGAACGUGUCGUCAGCAGCAACUGUGGUAGCCGUGUGUGCGUCUGGGGCACCAGAGGAGUCACUGUGGCAGAGUUACCGUCGAGGUGGGGUCGUGGAGGACUGUUCGACUCUGGCAACCAGACGGUAUUGUGCAAGUACCACAAUCUCACCUGUAGUCUCAACAUCACGUAA